AUGAUUCAGAGCAUCUUCUCGGUGGCCAAAACGAUGCUGGAAAAGGAAGAUAAGAGCAAAAAGGGGAACACCACGGCGCCAACCGACAGCAGCAACGACAACGCCGCACCACGCCCCACUGUGCAGGGCGGGGAGGGGCGCGCACCCUCACCAGCAAACCCGGCCAGCAACGAGCAGCACCGAGAAGAACCGCAAGAACCGGGGCAACGAGAAGAAGAAGGAGGGAGGCAGCAACAACAAGAUAAUAGUUGCAAAGAAGAAAACGGGACCGCUGCGGUCGAAGCGCAGGAAGAAAAAACCGAGACAAAGCGAGAAGAGACGAAAACGUCGGAGGAUGCUGUGCCGCCUGUCACAGAUGAACGUUCCAUAGCGCAGGUGCUGGCAGUAGUCGAUGGUACUGAACCAACGCAGCGCUUCCAGGCGCAGGAGCAACAGCCGUCAUGCACACCCGACAUGCCACCUGCGGAGGUAGCGGUGUCUUCAGCCGUUGAAGCGAACGCGUCCAACAACAGCGCGGUGGACCCCAGUAAUUCCAAGCAGCAGCAGAGUGAAGAGGAGCUGGAGUCACAGAAGCAUGAGUCGCACCAACAGCAGCAUGCUGCGGUUCCUGUGAUGCCGCACCAUGUCUUCUCCGAGGAGGAGGUCGCCGCGUUGAUGGAGAAGCGGCGGCUGCGCGAGCAGGCCCUGCAGGAGGAACAGCGGCAAGCGGCAUCUAAGCGCAGCUCCGUUGCGUCCGCGUCCUCUACGCGGCGGAGCCUCGGUGACGCAUCGGGGUGGCGCAACACCUCCGUGGACGCAAACGCGGCGAGGGUAUCGCUGCCACCGUUCUAUGCUGCGGCAGCAGCGCCGGGCAGCGCCCCCCUCGCGCAUCCGCUGGCACACCAACCUCUUUACCCGCGCGCCUCACUGGCGUCGCCGGCCGCUGACGUGCCGCUGCCGCCGCCACCGCCGUACCCGCACAUUAUCGCAGCAGAUGACAACGCGGCGCUCAAAAGCAGGCCACACACACAGCAGCCACAGCCGCAGGCAGUUUGUGGGCCGUGGGGAUUUCAACCGCAGUUCAUGGGAUUUCCCCAUGUGUAUGGUGCUCCAGCCGCAUUUGACCCGGCUUCGAUGCUGCUCAAUGCGCAGCAGCAGCAGCAGCAGCCUGGCGUCAGCGACCCUAGUGCCUCGAUCCUUGCCCCGCCGCCGGUGCAGCCGAAUGGAAUGGGGAUGAGCAUGCAGGAGCUCGGAGUCCUCGCGCGACUUAUCGUGCUUGCCCAGAACAAUCCGCAGCAACAACAACAGCAGCAGAAUUUCUUCCCCCCGCAACUGCCGCUUCCGCAGCAGCAGCAGCAGCAGCAAUACUAUUACUAUUACCCCCAGCGUGGAAGACAGGAGAACGUGACGCAUUUUGUGAAUCCCUUGAACCAACAGCCGGUGGCAACGCAUAUCAAGGUGGAUCCACUUGCUUCCAGCAGUAAUCUGCAGGAUAGUGCUCCCCCAACCAAUGUUGUGCCGAUGUUAGAAAAGGAUGUGAAGCUGGUGGCGGCGCCGGUGACGGAGCACCAGAACAGCACGCAGGUUUAA